GAAGAAGAAGAAGAAGAAGCAGCAGCAUCACCUGACUGACUGACUUGACGUUAGCUUAAUGCUGACAGAGCCAUCACGUAGAAGACGGGCGUCCCUCAGGAGACGAGCACGAUGACGUUUAUCACAGCCAACUGGAACCCGCUGGGGGAAGCUUUCUAUCGGAAGAGUGAGCUGUAUGAGAUGUGUUGGAACCUAAGAGACGGACUCCGAGACUGUCUGGUGGCUGCAGCUCCAUAUGGAGGUCCAAUAGCUCUCCUCAGAGAACCUGUCAGACGGUCUCCUAGUUCUCGUCCUCAGCUUGAGAUUUAUUCUGCAUCUGGAGUAUCCAUUGCCAGCUUCCCGUGGAAGAGUGGUCCGGUGGUCCACUUGGGUUGGACGGUGAGUGAUGAGCUGUUGUGUAUUCAGGAGGACGGAUCGGUUCUGAUCUACGAUCUGUUUGGGUCUUUCAAGAGACACUUCAGUAUGGGACAGGAAGUGGUCCAGAGUCAGGUUCUGGAAGCCAAAGUGUUCCACUCUCCGUAUGGAACAGGGGUUGCCAUAGUAACAGGCUCAUCACGCUUCAUCAUGGCAACCAACAUUGAUGACCUAAAGCUCAGAAGGUUACCUGAAGUCCCUGGUCUACAAGGGAAACCCUCCUGCUGGGUCGUCCUCAACCAGGACAGACAGACUAAAGUCCUCCUGUCCACUGGAUCUGAACUGUACAUCCUGGACAACACGUCCUGUACUGCGGUGAGUCUUCCAGGUCUUGCUCCUCAGGGCGGCAGUAUUGUCCACAUGUCUGUGUCUUUCAGCUAUAAAUACCUGGCUGUCUUAACUGACUCUGGUCACCUGUGGACAGGCCCCUCCCAUCUUCAGGACAAAAUGAGUGAAGUUGACACUAAAAAGUUGACACCUCCCAAACAGAUGGUCUGGUGUCGCAGACCAAAGAGUCAGCAGCCGUCUGUGGUGUUGAUGUGGGACAGACUGCUCAUGGUGGUCGGAGUCUGUCAGGACACAAUCCAAUUCCCAACAGAGGACCAGUGUGUUUUGGUCGGAGAAAUGGACGGAGUUCGCAUUAUCAGCUCGACCAAUCAGGAGCUGCUGCAGGAGGUUCCUCUGGUGUGUCAGGAAAUCUUCAAAAUCGCUUCCAUGGCUCCCGGUGCUCUUCUGCUGGAGGCCCACAGGGAGUACGAGAAGUCGAGUCAGAAGGCUGAUGAGUACCUGAGAGAGAUCAAAGAGCAAAGCAUGCUUGGAGAAGCGGUUUCCCAAUGCAUCGAGGCAGCAGGACACGAAUACGACCCAAAUACGCAGAAAUCCCUGAUGAGGGCCGCAUCCUUCGGUAAAUGUUUCCUGACGGACUUCAGUCCUGGUCAGUUCGUGACGACCUGCAGAGAACUCAGAGUGCUGAAUUCCGUGAGGGAGAGCAGCGUGGGGCUGCCCCUCACUCACACUCAAUUUAAACAGAUGACUCUCCAGGUGUUGAUUGAUAGGUUGGUGUAUCGACAGUUUUAUCCAUUAGCGAUAGAAAUGUGUCGUUACCUGAAGAUUCCAGAUUAUCAGGGAGUCAGCAGAGUCCUUAAACACUGGGCUUCAUGCAAGGUGCAGCAGAAGGACCUAUCCGAUGAGGCCAUAGCCCGAGCGAUGUGCGCUAAGGUGGGAGACUCACCUGGUGUUUCUUAUUCGGACAUCGCAGCCAAAGCUUACGAAUGUGGACGCACUGAGCUCGCCAUCAAGUUGUUGGACUUUGAAGCCCGGUCUGGAGAGCAGGUUCCUCUGCUGUUAAAGAUGAAGAGGAGUCAGUUGGCUCUGAGUAAAGCCGUGGAGAGCGGCGACACUGACCUAGUUUACACGGUGGUGACGUACCUAAAGAACGAGAUGAACAGGGGAGACUUCUUCAUGACACUAAGGAAUCAACCAGUGGCUUUAAGCCUCUACAGACAGUUCUGUAAACUGCAGGAACAAGAAACUCUGAAGGACCUUUAUAACCAGGACGAUGACCACAAGGAACUUGCCAACUACUACGUUACUGCCAGCUACAGAGAAAAGAGGUUAGAGAGCCGUCUGUCUCUGCUGCAGAGUGCUGUGGAUGAAUACAACAAAGCCAAGAAUGAGUUCUCUGCAAAGGCCACAGAGGAAGAAAUGCGUCUCCUACGUUUCCAACGCAAACUCGAUGAUGAGAAAGGGGCGGGGCUACUGGAACUCUCUCUACAGGCUACCAUGGAGGCUCUGUUGGCUUUAGGACUCUACAAACAAGCAGAGCAACUGUACAGGGACUUCAGAGUACCUGACAAAAGGUAUUGGUGGUUAAAACUCAAGUCCCUGGCAGAGAAGGAGGAGUGGGAUGAGCUGGAGAAGUUCUCAAAGAGCAAGAAGUCCCCUAUUGGCUACCUGGCGUUUGUCGAAGUUUGCAUGAAGAGUAACAACAAGUACGAAGCCAAGAAGUAUGUUUCCAAGGUAACACCUGAGCAGAGGGUCAAAGCUCACCUAGCAAUCAGUGAUCUUGACGGAGCAGCAGACGCCGCCAUUGAGAGGAAGAAUGACUCUGAGAUUGCGACGGUCCUCUCGAGAUGCUCCGCCGCCGACCGUCUGUUGAUUGAAAGGUUGAACCGAGCCUCCACUGCCAAAAAGUGAUCCUCCGUUCAGAGUAGAUGAACAGGCAGCUGAUGGUCUGCUGCCGCAUAGUGAUCCACAAAUAAGAAACCAGUUCCUUCAUGUCUGAGCAUAUUAUUGAACAAGCAUGUUAUCUUCUUCCUUGUUUCUGUCUGACCUUUGAAUCUCCUGUUCCUAUCAACGUUUUGUACUGCUGCCGUUUCAAAUCUAAGAGCCUUCCCCGAGAGAACCGGCGGGAUAUUUUUAUUUCGAAGUUACAAGAAAUAUUUGACAAAGUGAACUGAUAUAAAUGUUUAUAUUCUGGUUCUACUUCUCUAUAGUAUCGAAUUAAAUUAUUUUUAUCAUUUUUUAAUUUCUUUUGAACAAAAACUUCCCGAGCUUUGUCUGAAUUAGUUGCAUGUUUAAUCACACAAAAUUAGGUUUAAUAUGUACUCGGUAAUCGAUAAUAAAAAUUGAUUAUACAGAA